AUGAGCAUAUUGUAUGUAAGAAAAAUUGGGAAAAUAUUAUUAAAAGCGGAUAAGGGAAAAUAUAUGUGCAGCUUGACUAGGUGGAUAAAUACUUCUUCCAAAAGUGAAUUAAAUAAAAAAAGAAAGAAUGAUUAUAUAUUAUCAUUAGAUGAAGCAUUGUAUUUAUCUAAAGAAAUGGGUAUUAAAACAACUAGUGAAAUGCAAAGAAUAAUUAUGAGAUCUCCACCAUUUUCUAAUGACAAAAGCCCAUUUAUUAUUGAUAACUUUUUUGAAAAUGUAAGAAAAAAUAAAGAUACUGAUGAGAUUGAAGAAAUUGAUAAAAAAAUAAAGGAAUUAGAACUAAAAUCAGAUAAAAAAAAAGAAGAUGAAGAGGAAACAGAAGACAAUCUAAAUAAUAAAUACAAUGACGAAGUAAACAAAAUGAAUAAUAAUGUUAUAGAUAAUUUUUUUCUUGAAAAUUUUAAUAAAAAAAGAAUAAAGACUUUUAUUCAUAAUAAUCUUGAAUGGCUAGAAGAGUCAGAAGGCAUAGGAACAAACAAAAGAGCAUGUGCCUAUGUUUAUAUAAAAAGAGGUAGUGGUAUUAUAAAAGUAAAUAAUGAAGAAGAUUUAUAUAUUCGAUGGCCUUAUUUUUAUAACAGAAUGGAUGUAUUAGAACCAUUUUAUUUAACAAACACAGCAUGUGUUUAUGAUGUAUUUAUAAAAUUAAAAGGAGGGGGGAUUAGUGGCCAAUCAAAAGCCGCUAGGCUAGCAAUUGGAAGAGCAUUAUUAAAUGCAUGCCCCCUUAUACAUGAUGAGUUAAACCAACAUGAUAUUUUAUAUGAAGAUAUGCGACAAAAAUUCCCCAAAAUGCCAGGACGAAAAAAAUCAAGGGCAAUGAAACAAUGGUCAAAAAGAUAA